CGACGCGACUCGACUUUCGAGACAUGCUACCAACACUCGAGCCCUGUAUAUAUACCAUACCAUACUAUACCCUCGCCUCAUUUGCUGCUGCCUCUGCCCGAAAAGCUCAGAAGUGGGCAUGUCAGCGAAAAUCACCGUAAAUUUUCCGCAUUGUUUAAAAUUUAUUACACUUUCAGAUUUGCCAACGAACCGCACCGAACGUGGAGCGAAAGAUGCCUGACUGGGGGGUGUUGGUGUGGUUGAUGAGGAAGUCGUUCGGGGCACGCCCUUUGUUUGCCGGGGUUUCUCCGGGUCCGCCUGCUAUCUCUGACAUGUUGCUGUCUAAUAAGUUCUGCUGCUUCACUGUUUUUUUGAAAUGAGCAUCGGGUAUAAAUAUAUACACUCAGUGGUGAUUAUGGGGAUCCUUUGUUUUAUCACGGAAACCACUUCUAAUGUGGAGUUUACCAACAUCAAAUGCACUUCAGCCGACGUUAAAUUUGUUAAUUAUGAAGACUGCCGUUUAAAAUCUGUGAACAGGACCUACAAAUAUGUUUCUGUAAAAUCGAGACUUUUUAAGUUACCGAUUACUAAUGCCACAAUAAACAUAUCACUGUUCAAGCGAUUAAAUGGCUAUAAACCUUUUCUGUAUAAUGUUUCUGUGGAUGCCUGUCGAUUUUUGCAAGUACAAAAAUCCAAUUCUGUCGUAAAAUAUCUCUUCAAUUUAUUCCUCACUCAAUCAAAUGUUAAAAAUCCAAGUUGUCCUUUCAAUGCCUAUGUUACUGUGGAUAAGCUUACUGCCAACUUUCUGAAUAACCAGUUCACAAAUGUUCUACCAGUUCCAGAAGGCGACUACCUUUUUGUGUUCAAAUGGUUCUCUGAAAAUAUUUAUCGUUCUUCGGUAAACGUGUAUUCAACAAUUUCCUGA